AUGUCACCCACGAGCAAAAACGGCUCCGAGGGCCUCUCCAACGCCAAUGGCGAGGUGGACAUCCAGAGCAAGUCAAGCCCGCCUAACCUGGGCUUUGUCGAAACCCCCAAGGUCGAGGGACAUUGGACGGUUGAGAAGGCCCUAGAAGCCUCCCCUGGGACGGCGACGUCGGCGGACCCCAACUCGCCGCUCCCGUACUUCCACUUGAUUGAGCGUCUCAAGACGACGAAGCGCGAGGGCUGGCGCCGCUUCGGCAUCGAAAGAGGAGAGUCAAUUGCCGACCACAUGUACCGCAUGUCCCUCCUUUCGAUGCUCGCCCCGCCCGCCCUUGCGCCCCGACUCGACCUCGGGCGGUGCAUGAAGAUGUGCUUGAUCCACGACAUGGCCGAGUCCCUCGUCGGCGACAUCACUCCCGUAGACGGCGUGCCCAAGCCCGAGAAGAACCGACGCGAGGCGGACACAAUGGAUUACAUCACCAAGCAGCUUCUUGGCAGCGUGUACGGCGGGCUCGCGGGAGCCGAGAUUCGGGAGAUCUGGCAGGAGUACGAGGACUCCAAGACGAUCAACAGCCACUUUGUUCACGACCUGGACAAGAUGGAGCUGCUCCUCCAGAUGAUGGAGUACGAAAAGCGUGGCCAGGGCAAGCUCGAUCUCGGCGAGUUCGCCUACGUGGCAACCAAGUUCUCGCUGCCCGAGACCAAGGAGUGGGCGGACGCGCUGCUCAAGGAGCGAGAGCGGUUUUGGGGCGCGCAAGAGCACGUCCACGGCGAGGCGGGCGUCGAGGGCGGCGUCGGGCAGGACCGGAAACAUCAGCAAGACAGCUACUACGAGCGCAAGUAA